AAAAUUACAGGCUUCCUCACUCCCCUUGAACAAACCGAAAACGUUUUUCUAUCCGUUAUCUCAAAUUUUUUGUCAUCGUAGAAAUGGCAGCGGCAGAGGCUGUAUUCCCUCUAUUCCUGACCCAUGCUUCUUCCUCUAAAUUCUUCUCAUCAUCCAAACCAUCAACGGCACUGCUGUCCAUAAAUUUCCAUAAUCCGUGUUUUACUCCUCUCGUUUGUCGAAAUUUCCCACUAUUUCCUCUCACCAACAGCCACCUAACAACUAGAAAGCUUUCCUUUAAAAGAUGCUCCACUACACAAGAACUAACAGCGGAGACCGAACUACAGCAAACCCAGGAGGAAACAGUCCAAAAGAGAAAACUAUAUGUAGUUAAUUUGCCCUGGUCUCUUUCAGUUGCUGAUAUCAAAAUCCUCUUUGGCCAAUGUGGGACUGUGACAGAUGUUGAGGUUAUAAAGCAAAAAAAUGGGAGAAGCAGGGGAUUUGCAUUUGUGACUAUGGCUUCUGGGGAGGAAGCUCAGGCUGUUGUUGAUAAAUUUGACUCUCAUGAAAUAUCAGGGAGAAUUAUUAGGGUGGAAUAUGCAAAGAGGUUCAAGAAACCUUCUCCUCCACCCCCACCAGGUGCCCCUCCCAAGGAGACACGACACAAGCUUUACGUGAGUAACAUUGGUUGGAAAGUUAGAGCAAAUAACCUAAGAGAAUUCUUCUCAGCUAAUAAUUUCACCCCAGUUUCAAGUAGAGUCGUCUUUGAUAGCCCUACAGGGCGAUCUUCUGGCUAUGGGUUUGUAUCAUUCGUGACAAGGGAGGAAGCUGAGGCUGCCAUUUCUGCUUUAGAUGGAAAGGAAUUAAUGGGUCGACCACUUCGCUUAAAAUUUAGUGAAAAUAAGCCUGAUGAAUCUGGAAGCGAGAAGCAAGAUGAAGAAAAUUUGGAGGCCCAACCAGAAGAAUAACAAAUCUACUGAUUUACUGGCAGAAUUACAGUAUAUAUAGCAGCAGCAGAAAUUUUAAUCUCAUCAAGACAUGCAAGGUGUUCUCUUUUGUCUGCUUAAUUUUUCCUUCUCUUCUUCAAUAAGUUACAAAUUUGCCUAGUUGUUUGUAUAAAAUACCUAUAUACAUUAUUGUGUUAAACGUGGACAUCUGUGUAGAACCUUUUUCUUUUUGUAAAUUGUAAUUAUUUUAAAUGAAGCUGUUUCCACCAUCAUAGUGUA